AUGUCAAAAAAGACAAACAUUGAAUCAUUUACAUCAACAACACAUUUAACUCAUUUAUUAAAUACUGAAAUUGUUUUAGCUAAAAAAUUAGAAAUAUAUCUAAAACAAGAAUAUGAACGAUUAGAUCAUAUAGAAAAAUUUAUUAAUGUUAUCAAAGAUGAAAUUCGUCAAGCACAAAGAAAUGAAGAUUAUUAUUUUGGUAAUCCAGUUAAUGCUUAUUUAUUUAUCAAACAUUUAACAAUUGAUUGGAAUAAUAUUGAAGAAAUAUUACCGACAGAAUUUGCAAAGGAUAUAACCCAUAAAUGGUUAUUUCCUACAUUUGAAGAUUAUACUGGAUCUGCUAUGGGAUUAAUGCGUUUACAAGACACAUAUAAAUUAAAUACAAGUCAACUAGCUAAUGGUGACUUAAGUUCAAAAUUUAAAUCAAAACGAUUAAGUGCUUUGGAAUGUUAUGAUUUGGGACGUGUUGCAUAUACAAAUGGUGAUUUUUAUCAUACAUUAAUGUGGAUGCAAGAAGCGCUUGAUCAUUUAGAUACAGAAACAAAUAAUACAUCAAUUAACAAAAUUGAUAUAUUAGAUCAUCUUGCUUAUGCAACAUCACAGCAAGGAAAUGUUGAACAUGCAUUAGCUAUUACUAAAGAAAUCCUUACAAUUGCUCCAGAUCAUAUUCGUGCAAAUAAUAAUAAAUUUUAUUAUGAAUCUAUUAUUAAUAAUCGAACAUUAGCAAAACAAAAACGAAAAGAUGAUACGGAUAUAAAUGAAUCAACAAAUCUUAAAUUAAUUUCAACAAUAUCAAAUAUUAAAAAUUAUACAAUAAAUAAUGAACGAACAAAUGAUGAUUUAGAAGAACAAGAAUUAUAUGAAAAACUUUGUCGACAAAAUGGAGCUCAAUUAAGUCCAAAACAUCAAGCAAAAUUAUUUUGUCGUUAUCGUCAUAAUAAUCAUCUAUAUCUUAUAUUACAACCAGUUAAAGAAGAAAAAUUAUUAGAGAAACCAGCUAUUUAUCUUUAUCAUGAUAUUAUGAGUGAUUCACAUAUUGAAAAACUAAAAUCACUUGCUUCACCACGAUUACAACGUGCCGUCGUUCGUGAUUCUACCACUAAUACUUUUAAACCAGCUGAUUAUAGAGUUUGUAAGAGUGCUUGGUUAAGAAAUGAAGAUUCACCAAUAGUAGCUCGUCUAUCACGAUUAAUUGAAGCUGUUACAGAUUUAAGUAUGAUAACAGCUGAAGAUCUUCAAAUUGCAAAUUAUGGUGUUGGCGGUCAUUAUGAACCACAUUUUGAUUUUGCACGAAAAAUAGAAAAUGACGCUUUUUCAGGUCUUAGUGCUGGCAAUCGUAUAGCUACAUGGUUGACUUAUAUGAGUGAUGUCGAAGAAGGUGGUGCAACUGUUUUUCCUUUAGUUGGUGGUCAUUUAAAACCGAAAAAAGGAAGUGCAGCAUUUUGGUAUAAUCUUCAUCCAUCUGGCGAAGGUGAUCGUAAUACUCGUCAUGCAGCUUGUCCUGUAUUGAUUGGUAAUAAAUGGGUAGCAAAUAAAUGGAUUCGUGAACGUGGUCAAGAAUUUCGUCGACCAUGUUCACUUGAUCCAAUGGCAUGA